UCUUGUUACUCUCCGUCCUCGUCAUCUGCUUCUCUCUCUCUCUCUCUCUCUCUCUCUCUCCGUAAUCACUUGUGCUCUUUUCUGGGUUUUCUUCGUUCGUCUAGAUCUCUCUGCGAUUUGUUUUUUUCUUCUUCCUGUUUUGGCUUUUUUCCUUCUCCGCGAGUUCUAAGCGGAGAGAAUCAUGUGCAUUUUCUUUAUCUUGACUCGUUCUCGGUCAUGAUUUCUCGGAAACCUCGUCUAAUUUUCUCCGCGCGUGCAAAUUUUCCAUGAUUCCCGAUCUAUGGUUUUCUACCCCAUGCCUCUCUCCUCCAGAGAAUGUCAAAUGUUUCUCUCCGAUUUCGAGUGAGUGAACCAUGGAUGCAUUUCAUCCGGCUGAUCUAAGUUCGCGCGAUCGAUUUGGUUCCGCGGUACCCAGCUCUCGUGCAGGGAAGAGACAGGUUAAGAAACUCAAGUCUCCGAGGUGUUCUUCUGACUCCAUCUCUUACAGCUGUGACCCUUUGGUUGAAGACACGUUGGCAUUUGAUCUCCGUUGGGCAUCUGCUCACACUAUUGUGGGGAAACCGAUGAAAAGUUUGUUGGCGCAAGAAAUGUCGAAGCAAAAUGAAUCUAAAAGGAAAUCACCCAGCAUUAUAGCGAGGCUGAUGGGUCUCGAUGGGCUGCCAUCUCAGAGUUCUUCCCACAAACAACGCAAGCCAAUGGAGAAUCAGCAAUGCAGGACGAGAGCAUCCGAGAAAGAUCUUGGAGGCAGUGCUUAUAAUGGUGACAGAUCUUUUAGGAAGGGAUCGAAGGAAGAGGGUGAAUUCAAAGAUGUAUUUGAAGUUCUAGAUUCAAAGAAGGUGGAGAGCGGUAGAAACUUGUAUCAGGGAAGGAGUAAUUCUAGUCUCACUGAGGCGGAGAUGGUGUUUAUACGUCAGAAGUUCAUGGAGGCUAAACGUCUAUCUACUGAUGAGAAACUCCGUCAUUCCAAAGAGUUCAAUGAUGCCAUCGAGGCUCUGGACUCUAACAAGGACCUCUUGUUGAAGUUUCUUCAGCACCCAGAUUCAUUAUUCACAAGACAUUUACAUGAUCUUCAAAGCAUUACUCACAAACCUCUCUCCAGCCAAGUACCAUCUCUGAAGUCUACCAAUGGCCCAAACACCGUGGAUAGAAUCAAAACCCAGAAAGCUGAUAGAGAAUUGUUAUGGAAGAGUCACAGGGUGCGUGAUGGUGGUGGUGGUGGUAGUCCUAGCCAUUCUCGUGGUAGGCAUGCCUCUUGUGAUAAUAAUGCAUUCGACUUACCACAGGAGGAGCUGGAAGAGAGAAGUAUGUUACAGCCCACCAAGAUUGUUGUUCUGAAGCCUAAUUUUGGAAAGAUGAGAAAUGCUGAUAGAUCUCUCUCGUCGCCGAGUUCUUCUGAUGAGUUCUUCAGAGCAGAUCGCCGGCUUCCAUGCACGAGCAAUCGAGACUCAGAAAUGUGGGGCAGACACAAAGCUUAUGAAGAUGUCAGCCUGUCGAGGCACAUGACUAGAGAGACCAGAGAAAUGGGCAAAACAGUCAUUAGACAAGUGAAGACAAUUUGUGCUAGCUCUGGUUCCGUGAAUUCUGAGACCUCAAGACUCAGAGGAUAUGCAGGGGAUGAAAGCUCUUCUGGGAGUGACUCUGCAAGUGAAUCAGAGUUAGUCCCGGUAGCUGUAAGAACCAGAACCACUUUUAACCGUAGGAACCACCAAAGAUCUUUGCCUUCCAGAUCGAAUGAAUCAUCCGUGAAUAGGGAGGCUAAGAAGAGACUGUCAGAGAGGUGGAAACUGGCACACAAAUCUGAGCAAGAGAGGGAGAUAUGCAGAAGCAGUACAUUGGCUGAAAUGCUUGCGAUUUCAGAUAGGGAGGCUAGACCUGCGAGUUUUAACGGCCUCAUUUUUGAAGAGGGACUCAGCAAAAGGUUUGAUAACAAUGUUGGAAGAUCUGAGCGGUCAGAACCGAUUGGAAUCAGCAGUAGGGAUGGUUGGAAAGGUUCUUCCUCAAGCAAUCCUUCAAAAUCCAGAACCAUCAUGCAUCAAGAGAGCAAUAGUGGUUACAAGAUUGUGAUACCUAAGGAGACAGUAAGACGAGAUGGGUUAGUUAAGAAGAGUUCUCCGUACGGAGAAGUAUGGUUGUCAGGAAAUUCGAGGCCCAGCAGUAACAAAUCUCAAUCGUCAUACAAUACUUCACCAGAAAUCAACAUCAGCCCAAGUUCGAGCAAAAUCCUCUAUAUGGAUGACGGGCUUGUUGAGCAGAAGCUUCAUGCUGUUAAUGGAUAUACCAGUUUCUCAGCAGAAGCAAAUUCAGACAUUGAGAAUGGUUCGAACUCUGAGGAUACCAAGACCACCUUGUCCUUUGAACCCCCGAAUAUAUCAGCUGCCACCUCGUUAACUGAACCUGAUAUCUCAGGCGGGUCAACCAAGGAGGUAAAUCAGCCAUCUUUCCCUGAAGUACAGUCUCAGGAAAACAAAAAGGAAGGCGAUCAACCAAGUCCAGUUUCAGUUCUUGAAGAUUCUUUCCAUGAUGAUUCUUCAUCCAGUUCUGAGUGCUUUGAGAGUGUUAGUGCUGAUCUGCAAGGGCUCAGAAUGCAACUCCAACUACUCAAACUAGAGUCAAGGGAUUACGAGGAGGGGCCCAUGCUUGUUUCAAGCGAUGAAGAUGCAGAGCAAGAGGAAUCAUCCAGACAAACAAAUGAGAAGUUGAUGACCACCCAGGAAUCUCAACAAGAUUGGAGAUCAUUUUACUUAGUCGAUGUCUUAGCCAACUCCAGGUUCAGUGACUCAGACCCGGAUACUUUCAUGGCGACAUGGCAUUCCUCUGAGUCACCUUUAACUCCAUCACUAUUUGAGGAGCUCGAGAAGAAGUACUCUAACCUAAAACCCUCCACACGGCUAGAAAGGAAGUUCCUUUUCAACCGGAUUAACGAGGAGCUUCUCCAGAUAUUCCAGCAGUUCACAGAUCCACAUCCAUGGGUGAAACCAUCGAGAAUCUGCCCGAAAUGGGAUAUAAACCGGAUCCAAGACGCACUACGCGAUCUGGUGAUGAAUAAAGAAGAGAAACCAAGGAAAGGUGCAGAGGAAAAGGUUCUGGAGGAGAUGGAGUGGCUGAGCUUGGAAGAUGACAUUGAAGUCAUAGGUAGAUAUAUUGAGAAGUUGUUGACAGAUGAACUCAUUGCAGAGCUAGUGGUAGAGAUCUAGAAGAAGAAGAAGAAGAAGCCCUUUUACUUGUCUAGAAAGUCACAUUAUUAUCAUUCAUAUGUAUACUCAACUAAAAUGCAAUAUCUAAUGACAAUGUCAUGCUCAUCAA